UAGUGAGGAAUAGAACGCUAGCGUGCAUUUAAUUAUAGCUAGUCCCAUUAUAUAUGGACCCGCGAUGUGCCAUGCAGACGCAGUCAUCAAUGCCAGGGAAAGACCACCGCCCCUCAUUGCAUCCAUAUUUACCCAAUUCCAUAUCUUCCUGCUGAGGUUCUCAGAUUGGCUCUUCAUUUGAAAAAUGGUUUGCUAUAUAUCUAUCUAGCUAGCAUUAAUCAUUUCCAGGUUGAAUUUGUUCGAUCUCUGAAUUUUGAGGAGGAAAGAUGGAGCUUUGGACGCUCUUCGUCACCGCAUCAGUUCCGGUCUUGGAAUCGUUCUUGAUUACUGCGCUUGGCUCAUAUCUUGCACUUGAUCGCGUGAACCUUUUGGGCCCAGAUUGCAGGAAGUACUUGAACACUAUUGUAUUCUAUGUGAACACUCCAGCCCUGAUUGCUGCCAACCUUGCAGAGACAAUAACAUAUGACAGCCUGGUUAAACUGUGGUUCAUGCCGGUGAAUAUUCUUCUUACAUUCAUUGUUGGUUCAAUAUUUGGAUGGAUACUCAUGAAAUUAACAAGAACUCCUCCACAUUUGCGAGGUCUCGUCUUGGGUUGUUGCGCUGCUGGAAAUUUGGGAAACCUUCUCCUCAUUAUUAUUCCAGCAGUUUGUGAAGAAUCAGGGAGUCCAUUUGGAGAUGCUGAUACCUGCGAUACUACUGGGACUACUUAUGCUUCACUUUCAAUGGCGAUUGGAGCCAUUUAUUUGUGGACCUAUGUGUAUAAUAUUGUGCGGAUAUCUUCAAAGACGAGCAUCCAAGAUUCCGAUUCCCCGCAGACCACCGACAGCUCGUCAACAUCCAGCCACAUAAGUUACACCGAGCCUCUGCUUUCUAUAGAGGACAAUGUGGAUCAAUGUGAACCUCCCCGUAAUGUAUCUGAAGGAGAUGCUAAGAUGACGUGUCUAGGUAAAACAAAGGAAUGGAUGGUGAUGGUGAAUGAAAAGCUCAAUUUGAAAACAGUAUUUUCCCCCUCAACUAUUGCAGUGAUUAUUGGGUUUGCAGUUGGAAUCAUAUCUCCAAUUCGAAACUUAUUGAUUGGAGACGACGCUCCUCUAGCGGUGAUCGACGACACUACUUCGUUGUUAGGAGAUGCUGCUAUCCCGCUUCUUACUUUGAUAAUAGGAGGUAACCUUGUUAAAGGUUUGAGAGUGGGAGGGAUACAAAAAUCUAUCCUUAUUGGCAUCUUAAUUGUUAAAUAUGUUGCGGCGCCUCUUACAGGAAUAUUGAUUGUUAAAGGGGCAGUAAAAUUUGGCUUUGUAAGCAAUGAUCCAUUGUAUCUGUUUGUUCUUCUGCUUCAAUUUGCUGUCCCUCCUGCAAUGAACUUGGGAACCAUCACUCAACUGUUCGGACAAGGAGAGAGUGAGUGUUCAGUUAUCAUGCUCUGGACCUACAUUUUUGCUUCGCUAUCGCUUACGUUUUGGUGUGCCUUCUUCUUGUGGCUUGUGGCCUGAGUACCGAAACAGCAACAAAUUAUGUAUCAGUCUUCUAAUAGAAUUGUCUGAAGGCAAAUUUUGAAAUAAAGCAACAAAAGCAAUUGAUCUUGGAAUCAAUUAGUGAGGGUUUUGCAUUAAAUGCCAGGUUGAGCAAGGCCACUUUUGCUUGUUGA